AUGACGACGAGAACGACGACAAUGCAAAGACCACAGAAAUACUACCUGAAAAAUAUAUGUAACGCACUCUACUACUUAGGCGUGGCAGAUUGUUGGUAUGAAAUACGUGACGUAAAAUAUCCGAUCAUGAGAAAAGUAUACUCAUUAAUUGCUAAUGUGUUUGGAAUAAUAUUUAUUGCGAAUGGCCUAGCCGCGCACUUUACUCCAGAUUUAACUUUCAAAGAGAAAAACGAUUUGCUUAUAUACAGCUACGGUUUCCCAGCAAUAACGCUCAAAGUUAUAAUCGUAUACGUUAGAAAAGAAGAGAUAAAGAUGUUUCUCAAGAAAUUGGUUGAAGAUGAAGAAUUUGACGAGUCAGCAGUUAAAGCAGCUAAGUUGGUUAUUAAGACGAUGAUCAUUACCGUAUACUCUGUUUCAGCGGUGCAGAUGUCAGUUGGUUUUAAGGAUUACUUUGUGGAAGAUAUACCGAUUCGAAUAGAAGUGUUAUUUUUUCCUAGGGAAACCGAUACUGGUCACCUGGUUAAUACGAUCAGGGUUUUGGGGGUCAUCCACUUCUGGUAUAUGAUCUGUGUUAUGACGGCCGUCGAAUGCCUUUGUCUUUGUGCGUUGGUCUUCAUCAGGUUCAAAUUCAUUCGGAUCAGGGUCUUUUUUGAGGAGAUGGAGAAAAUACCUUUCAGUAGUGAGCUAUAUGAAAAAAGAUUUGUCAAAGGAGUUGAGCUGUAUAAGAAAACUUUGUGGUGCGCGCAUAAUGUCCAAAAAGCGAUCGGUGGUGUUUACAGUGUCCAAAUCGUGGAAAGUUUAAGCUUAUUAGUCAUUUUUCUCCUGAGAAUAAUCUAUGCUGGUUCUGACAUGAUGCUGUUUCUAGUAAGCCUUAGUUCCUAUCUCUUCAUGGUUCUGCUUACAGGUCUAUACAUGAUGUACUCUGCUAACGUCAGUUACGAGGCACUUCAAGUACCAACGGCAGUUUUUCACUGCGGUUGGGAGAAUGUGAAGAUUAAAGCUGGUCUUAGAAAGCUCAUAGUGGUAACUCUUCAGCAGAGUCAGAAGCAAAUCCAUAUGACAGCUUUUGGAGUCAUCAAUUUGUCAUACGAAACAUUUAUCACCGUAAGAUUUGGAUUACUUUCAAAAACUUUAAAAGUUUCAACAAUGUUUCUUUGA